UCCCCGCGAGGGUCCGGCCUCCCCGCUGCCACCGCGCACAGCUCCAGCCUUCCUCCGGCAAACCCCGGCAGUGCCAGGCUUUUCCUGGAAGUCCCGGCGUUUCCCAAGGAGCAGGAUCCGUCCGGCUGCGGCUCGGGAGGAGAAAAAUCUCUUUUUAACGUCCCUCCUCCCAAAUUCUCUCGAGAAAUCCCCCCCCCCCGCGCUCUCCCCGUGGCCGGCUGCGGAAAAGAGCUGGGAAAAGGCCUUUUAGGGGCAAUUCCUGGCGUUUCCAGCGCUUCGGCUCAUCGAGGAACGGGAGGGACGCGGUGGGACGAGCUGCGGGCGGACGAUGUCGCGUGUGUGUCCCCCGCCACCGGCCGCCGUCCCCCCCUGCCCGGCCGCUCUGCGUCCGUGAGCGGGAGGAUUGCAAACAGGAAACCUGGCUGACGGAUAAAAAUACCAUCGGGCUGCGGCGGCGGAGGGGAAGGAAGGAGCGGAGGGUGUGAAGGUGGCGGGGAGGGACAGGUUUCUUAAGGUGGAGAGAAGGGGGGGGCACCGUCCCCACCAUCGCACCCCACCCCUCUCCCGGUGCCAUGGAUGAGCCAUCCCUAUCCCUAAUCCCUGCGGCCUCUGGGAUGCUGGCAUCGCUCUCGCCGCGGUGCCGGUCACAGCCUGGCACCGGCGGCGGUGGGGAGCGGGGAGGGGGGGGGGACGGUCGCAGCUGGCAUGUGGCUGCCGUGUUUCUCUUGGCUGUGCUGAUGUCCCCAGCACGUCCCGGGACGCGCCCGGCUCCUGCGGCUGCCAGGGAGAAGGACACUGCAGCUGGAGCGUGGGGAACGGUGCCGCAUCCCACCGCCCCGAGAACCGAAUCCCGGCUCGGGGGCCAACCGAGCCCCGCGGCACCGGAUCCCAGGAUGCAGCUGGUAGGAACAAAGAGCCCUUCGACGUGCCAACGGGCGAGCGGCCGGAGCCCCCACCUCGCCACAGCCCGGCCGAGGGUGCCGGUGUCACCUGGGUGUCACCCUAAUGCCACCCCGCCGCCUUCCCGUGACGUCUCGCCAUCGUGCGAGAGCUCUUGCGGCUUCGGCUGCCGCUUCCUGCCCUUGCAGGCGAACGGGGGUGAGGGGACAAAGCCGCCCGUCCCGCCACCCUGCCCCUGUCCCCGACGCCAGCCAUGGACUCCUGGGUCCCUGCGUGGCCGGGCAGAGGAGGCCCCAUGGAUGACGCCCGUCCCCUCUUCAGCACCUUCAAACCCAUCGGUGAGGACAACAAAGCCAGCGCCAAGCCAGGACCCAACACAACCCCGGUCCAGCCCCAGGGAGCCGAGCAGCCCCGGGGACACCACGACGCAGACGGCAGGGUCCCGCCAGGCUCCUGGCUGUCCCCACCAGGCUGGUCCCCAGCAGAUGGGGACCUGCGGCCAGAGCUGGUGGCCCUGCGUGCCCGGACGAGGCUGUGGUUCGAGCAGACGCAAGCCAAGAGGCUGGGGGCCACGGGCGAGCUCCCAGCCUGGUUCCAUGGCUUCGUCAGCCGGAGGGAGACGGAGCAGUUGCUGCAGGAUCAGCCCCCCGGCUGCUUCCUGGUCCGCUUCAGCGAGAGCACCGUGGGCUUCGUCCUGUCCUACAGGGGCAGGGAGCGCUGCCGGCACUUCGUCCUGGACCAGCUGCCGGACGGGCGGUACGUGAUCCUGGGGGAGCGGAGCGCCCACGCCGAGCUGGCCGACCUGCUGCGGCACUACGCCGCGGCCCCCCUCACCCCCUACCACGAGUUCCUGACGGUGCCGCGCGGAAGGGAGGAUGAGCCCCAAGGAGGGACGCGGACCCCCACUGGCAGCGAUGGCGCGCGUUCCCCAUCGAGCGAAGCACCAGGAAGCCUCCCAGCAUACGGCACCGUGUCCAGGGGACCCCCGGGAGCCAGGCAGAGGGGAAAAGGGGGCUCCUCCAGGGAGGCUCCCAGCGUCCCCCCGCCGCUCCCAGCCAAAGCCGGCUCCUCGGCGGCGGCUCAGGGGCCGUACAGCCCCGGCAGCGGCGGCAGCGGAGCAGCUCCCGAAGGUCCCCUCGCUCAAGCGCGCAAAGAAGCCGUCUUCCCCGAGCCGUCCGACGCCAAGUACCAGCAGCUCAUGUGUUUCCACACCUACGCCGAGCCCCACGAGGGCAUCACUCCCGGUCCCUCCACCAACCGCCAGCUGGAAGAGCCCAUCCCCUUCUACGCCAUGGGACGGGGCUCCAGCCCCGGCACCGGGCCAGAGGAGAACAUCUACUCCGAGGUGGCAGUAGCCCGGCAGGAUCCGCCCGCUCCCUUCCCCAGGGAGACCCGAGGCGCCUUCUCCACGCUGCCCCCCAAAUCCCGCACCCACCGCCGGCUCUUCCGCAGCGCUUCCAGCCAGGCUUCCAAGAGGCGGCAGCUCCCGGCAGCUCCUACCGCAGCCGGGAAGGAGAGAGGAGCCUCCAGCCCGGCUACGGAGGGAAUGGAGCUCGAUGAUCCCGUUUACAGCCAGAGGACGAGCGCUGCAAAGCGAACCGCGGCCGGGCAGGAGGGACCCGAGAACGUUUACGAGCAGCUUUUUGGAGACCGGCUCUAACGCAGGUAGGUCUCAGACAAGACCCAGCUCCCAGCCAGAAGGAUCCUCUCAGGCUCCUUCACCACCGAAGGAAGCCCUUGGACCUGGGAGGAGAGGUCCAAGGCCACCAUUAGCCUCUCUGCAACCAGUGCCCCAGUCGUACCAGCGAUGCCGGUCCGCUCCGCACUGGGAUUCCCACGCCCUUCCCAACGCGGCAGCCUGCUUCCCAAGCCCUGCGAGACAGUUAAGCAGGGGAAGGCAUUUAAUUUAUCUUUGAACACGUUCAGAAAGAGCUUUCUAUUAAUAGAAUGAGGGCGGAAAAGGCUAUUACAGUAAAAACAGAGACAGCUUUCGGGCACGGCCAGCGCAUCCAGAGUCAGAUAUUAAAUUGGCCACAAGCCGGAGCGACACGGCAACCACACCAACCACCACGAGCCCGGUGGCGACACCUCCAAGCCCUGCCUGUUUCCUCAGCCACAAAACACAGGGUAGCACCAAAUCCGAGGACGGAAUUCGGCUGCCGGGUCGGUGACCCCAGAGCUGCCCCGUGGCGUGCGAAACCCGGGUUUCGUUCUGUCCGAAACAACAGCGAGCCAACGUCAUCCUCGCAGCAGGCGCAGCCAGCCUGAAAUGGAGCAGAAAGCGCCCGGGGGGCAGCAGCCAAAGCCCCACGCUCGGAGGCAUCAGAGCGUCAAGACGGGGAGGGAAAAGCAGGGCUGCGGGGUUGGUGUUGUUUUCUUUUACCUCUCAGAAAGAAAAAAAAAAAAAGAAAAAAAAUCACUUUUUCUUUUCACAAGCCUACAUUUUGUAGCUCUUCCAUGGCUAAAAGCAGAGCGCGACUCAGUCCCGAUUCCCAUCCUCGUUAACUCCCCUCUAGCGCUAAAAAUGAGCCAUUACACACCGGAAUGGAAAUAGAAACGGGGAACCCCUGAGCUUCGGCCCCUCGGCUCGCUCCAGGACCCCACAACCCCAGUCUGUCGCCGCAGCAAAGCCCCCCCCCCCGGCUCCCGGCGCCGCUGCCGCCGAGAGCUGCUUUGCCGUGCUCCGAGCGGGAACGCCGAGGGCUCGGCGUUUUCAGGGGCUGAAUCCAGGGCGGGGAGCGCAGACGCCAGCGCCAACAAAACUCCCUCCGACAAGCGUUUCAUCACCCGCCGCGCAACAGCUCCGCGAAGAAACCCAGGGAAGCGACCCCGAAACGCGGGCCGCC